UGGUGGCACAAACGGAAAUACGUUUGUUGACAGCAAGAUGGCGGUGGGUGGAGCAGAUGAGUCCCUCGUGCACGAACAACAGCUGCAUAGUGGAUCUCAUGCACCAAAGAAGAAAGUUAAACAGAAAUUGAAGCGGUACUGGAAUGCCAGUGAAAAGGGCCCAGAAGGAGCUCCUGCAAGUAAGAAGGUUCCAACUGAAGGCAAGCAUGAGGCCAAAGACAAAGAAGGAGAUAAUGAUCCUCAAGAGGGGAAGCCUAGGCAACAUAAGAAACGAAACAGAUCGAAAGGUGCACUGGGAAGGCAGCUUAUGUCUGGGGUAAGAAGAGCAUGUCUGCUGUUGGAAAUCCAUACCUACCAUCUGUGUAACAGUCUGUGUUUUCCAGCAGCUUAUGCUACCAUUCAAACUGUUGGAUCUGUUGAGGAGAAAUUGAAGCGGUACUGGAAUGCCAGUGAAAAGGGCCCAGAAGGAGCUCCUGCAAGUAAGAAGGUUCCAACUGAAGGCAAGCAUGAGGCCAAAGACAAAGAAGGAGAUAAUGAUCCUCAAGAGGGGAAGCCUAGGCAACAUAAGAAACGAAACAGAUCGAAAGGUGCACUGGGAAGGCAGCUUAUGUCUGGGAGGAAAGAUCCUUUUCCAGGGGAAGCUCCAGUUGCCAAGGAGAAGGUGAACAAAUAUGAACGUGGAAAGAAAAUACGGCUGAAUAACAUGCAGAACCACAAGCUGAAGAACAAGCUGCUGAAACAUGAAAAUAAAUAUGAUCUGGCAAAGUCCCAGGCAGCACGUUAUGACUUGUUGCUUCAAGAAGAGGCUGGGUUUCUUGAAGGGGAUGAUGGAGAAGACACGUGUACCAUUGAACAACAAGACAUUGCUGAGGUUGUUGACAUAACAAGUGCUUCCAAGUAUUUUAACUUGACAUUGGAUCAGUUUGGACCGUACAGAAUUCACUACACUAGAAAUGGACGGUACUUGCUCUUGGGUGGAAGGCGAGGGCAUGUGGCAGCAAUGAACUGGCAUACCAAACAACUGCUGUGUGAAAUGAAUGUCAUGGAGAGCAUCAACGAUAUCAAGUGGCUGCACACAGAGACAAUGUAUGCAGUAGCACAGAAGAAGUGGCUGUACAUGUACGACAACAAGGGAAUUGAGCUGCAUUGCAUAAAAAAGUUCAAUGACGUCCUUCGAAUGGAGUUCCUGCCAUACCACUUCCUGCUUGCUACAUGUAGUGCAACAGGGUUUCUGCAGUAUUUGGACAUCUCUGUUGGGAAAGAAGUUGCUGCCAUCUGCACUAAAUCUGGCCGCCUAGAUGUCAUGACACAAAACCCGCAGAAUGCCAUCAUUCAUCUGGGCCAUCCCACUGGCACUGUGACAUUAUGGAGUCCCAACCUGAAGGAACCAUUAGUGAAGAUGCUGUGUCAUCGAGGUGGUGUCCGCGCCAUUGCUGUUGACAAGACUGGCAUGUAUAUGGCCACAUCAGGACUGGACAAGAAAGUGAACAUUUUUGAUAUUCGGACGUAUAAAUCUCUCCAUUCUUACUUGAUCCCAGUAGGUGCCAGCCAUCUUGGCUUCAGCCAGAAAGACCUACUAGCUGCUGGCUGUGGGAAUGUUGUACAGGUUUAUAAAGAUGCACACCGACAGGUAGUGAAAAAGCCAUACAUGUGUCACACAGUGCGUCAGACGAUCCAUGGCUUGCAGUUUUGUCCAUAUGAGGAUGUUUUGGGGAUUGGACAUGGUGAAGGCUUCUCUAGUAUGCUUGUCCCAGGUGCUGGGGAGGCAAACUUUGAUGCACUGGAAUGUAACCCAUACCAGAGUAAAAAACAACGUCAAGAAUGGGAAGUAAAGGCACUGCUUGAAAAGAUUCAGCCAGAACUAAUUACUCUGGAUCCUGGCAGACUAGGAGAAAUUGAUUUUGUUACAAUGGAACAGAAACAUAAGGAUCGAGUUGAGAGAUUGGGGUAUGAUCCCUCUGUCAAACCUAAGUUUGAGCCUAAGCACAAAAAAAAGGGAAAGAGUGCAUCUGGCAACCUGCUGAGAAGAAAAAAAGUGGUGGCAGCCCAAGAACAGAGGGAUGAGAUCAAAAAGAAUAUACAAGAGAAGUUGGAAAUGGAGCAAGAGAAAAAAUGCAAAGAAAAAACUGUCCAACUAGGUGAGAGAUCAGCAUUAGACCGCUUCCGCAAAUAACCCAAGUUCGAAAAGAAGACAGAUGAGUUCCUCAGGAAGGAUAUUCCAUUGUCUUCCACUAAAGACUUUUCACAUUAAAUUACCUUGCACAAUGAUUUUGGUUUGUGUUCAGAGGAUCCUAGAGUUGAAUUUGCCUGAUUCUUUAGCCAUUCUUUCUUCUCCGCUAAGAUGAUGCUGUGAGCAGUGAUUAUAGCAUGUAGCAUAAGUAUUUAAGGAACUUUAAUUCUAUUGGAGAACGUGUUGGUGCUGAAGAAUUGAAGGAGUCACUGUGUAUGCGUAAACUUCAUUUCGGUGUAGCUCAUUCCAGAAUUAACAACAUGUUUGUUGUGUUUGAUCUUUUAGUGGCACUGUAUCCAGCGUGGAUUCUUUUAUUCAGGGAAGUAAUUUCAGCUGCUUUUAACCAGUGGCAUAUGCCAUGUGAUCCUAGAUUUGAAAAUGCAGUAUGUUCUACAUUGCAGGCAUAUAUAGUGGCAUCAAAUCUUCUGGUUACUUCUUGCUGUCCUUUUCUAAUGCCGCAUUCCUACUUACUUGCCGUUCAUGCUUCCCUCCCCCAACUACUUUGAUAUGUAUUCCAUUGCUUCUUCCAACAUUUUGUACUGCAUAGCUUUUUUCUUUUCCCGCUAACUCCUUUUGUCCUUAUCCUCUUUUCUACUUCACAAAAGAAAGUCACAUUGAGCAUUUUUACUUACAGCUGAAGGUCGGAAAACAAGUAGUCCCGAAAGCCAUAUUGGUGGAUAAGUAUGUAAUCUAAAUUAGUGGUAAGCAUUGUAUAUGAAUGUUCAAGAGGUCAGCUCUGUAUAUGUCAUCAUUACGCUAUUUCCUUGGGGUUAGGAGGCUGUGUUCCUGCCUCUCUUAUUCUCUUUGCAGCAUUAGUUAUGGCCUGUUUUGUAUUGUACAGAUGUAAAUUAAAACUUUUUUUUAAUAAGAAA